AUGGCAAGCUCCACGGUUACUGCUCAACAAACCGAACGCUCGUUCGUCCUGGCCGGCGAAGAGCAGAUCAAACCGGCAGCCAGCGAUGCUAGCUUCCAGUCUUUGGCUCGAGGCAACCGGAACGGCACCCUGAAGUUGCGCGGAAUUCCCACGUUCUCGGAUCCGCUGGAAAAGCGGAAGUGGAUGAAAGAGCACAUGGCAGCUGCUUUUCGCUAUUUUGGCAAACUUGGCUAUGGAGAGGGCGUCUCCGGACACAUCUCCAUGCGAGACCCCAUUCUGAAGGAUCACUUCUGGAUGAACCCCUUCGCCAAGCACUUUUCCACUAUCAAGGCCUCAGACCUGGUUCUGGUGGAUGAUGAGGGUUAUGUCACUGAGGGUGGGGCCCAAAUUCCCAUCAAUGAAGCUGGCUUCAUGAUCCAUUCCGAAAUUCACAAGGCUCGUCCGGAUGUCAUUGCCGCAGCGCACACGCAUGGUAUUCAUGGCAAGACAUGGAGUGCAUUCGGAAAGCCUAUCGAGAUGCUCACUCAAGAUGCAUGCAACUUGUAUGGCCGUGUGGGCGUUUACGAAGAUCAUGGUGGCAUUGCCCUAUCACAAGAGGAGGGAAGACAAAUUGCCGCCGCGCUUGGCAAGGAUAACAUUGCAUGUAUCCUUCAGAACCAUGGUCUUCUGACUGUCGGUCGAACGGUGGAUGAGGCGGCCAUUCUAUACUCAUUCCUCGAGAAUGCUUGCCACUCUCAACUUAUGGCUGAAGCAGCUGCCGCGAAUGGUAUUCCCAAGAAAAUUAUCAGCGACGAAGCAGCCAAAUAUACUGCUGAUGUUGCUCAGAACCCACACAACCUCUAUACUGAGUUCCAACCUGAGUUUGAAUUGAUCGUCGAGGAGAGCAAUGGAAGAGUUCUCCAGUAA